GUCGUCAGUUCAACAUCGUGAACAUCCAAGUCACGUCAUUUCGGCCGUUAUCGUUCAUUUCGGCCAGUCAUUUCUCGUGAAUUCGUCGAAUCCAAUUCGAGACUGUCUUCAAUUCUUUCGCCGUUUCGUGCACGCGUUUCCGCGAAUUCUUCGUCCAUAUAUCCCAACAGUGCUCGGUGACACAGAAGUCUCUACAAAAUUCGCAGCUGUUGGUGCUUGGUGCUUGGUGUAUGUGACCGGGCCUCAUCAAAGAAAACUUCAAUUUCUCAGCCUGCCACGAUGGACCCGAUACACUCGUCCAUUUGUUAAAUAAACAUCAACGACGCCGACAUCGUGACAUAGACAUUUAACACGUUGUUUAUGUAUACUGGUGGCAGGGAGCUCGGUGUUCACAUUGCUUCAGCAACAUUUCCUAUCGCCGUUGCGACGUAUUAAUUAACGAGAGUGACGUGCAACCGGUGACGGGUGCACGGGAUCAGCCGGCCACAUGACGGACAUCAGUAGCAUCGGUAUGGUCUCCUACUAUAAUCCGCUGGCGAUGUAUCGGCAGCAACAGCAGUCGACCGGCCAACAGGCGCUGGUGCAGCAAGUGCAGCAACACAGCCAAGCGCAACAGGCGCAGCAGCACGCGGCCACCACGCCCGCCGACGGUGGCCAGCAAUACUGGUACGGAUAUCCUCACGGUCACCCUCACGCUGCUCACCAUCAUCAUCAGGCAGGCGGUCCUCAGCAAUACUUGGACCACACGGAUGUUUUACCCGGCUGGCCUCAUCCUCAUGCUCACCAUUACACCCAUCUUCAGUAUCAGCACCAUCAGGCGUAUCAGCAACAGCAGCAACAAGCUCAGAUUGCCGGAGUAACGGAUUGGAGCGGCGACGAAACGAACCCAGCGGUUGGUGCUGGAGAACCUAGCCCACCGAUCACGGUCAGCGGAAGCGAGAUCAGUAAUCCUGGUACACCAUCCACUCCGCCGGCUAAUAAUAAUAAUAAUACGAUUACAACUAAUAAUAAUAACAACAAUAAUAAUAACAACAACAACAAUAAUAACAAUACGACGCCAAUGAGACCGGCACAGAUCAGGAGCCCGUACGAGUGGAUGAAGAAGACGUCGUAUCAGAGUCAGCCGAAUCCAGCAUGCAACAUGCCUGCAAACUGCAAUGCAAGUGCAGGUUCAACGAUUCACGAGCUCUGCACCAUUGACGCCCUUGGAAAGACUCGAACAAAAGACAAAUAUAGAGUGGUCUACACAGAUCACCAGAGGUUGGAGCUUGAGAAAGAGUUCCAUUACAGCCGUUACAUCACGAUCCGUCGUAAGACAGAACUUGCAGCUAAUCUCGCGCUCUCUGAACGACAGGUAAAAAUCUGGUUCCAAAAUCGACGAGCGAAAGAACGAAAACAGGUGAAGAAGCGGGAGGAGUUGGAGCAGAGCGACUCGAAGUCAGUGGACGGCUUGACGAGCGCUGCAAUGGCCAAUUUGACGAUCGGAGGAAUGGGAGGAAUGCUGGGUGGUUUGAUGCACAAUGGCGGAUCACCGCCUCUGUCCCUCGGCCAUCCUCCUCAUCCAUUGAGUUUAGGCCACGCGGCCGCUUCUCUGCAUUCUCACGCCCAUCAGCAUGCUCAUCCGCACACUGUGUUAGGCUUGUGACCUGAGGAACCGGUCACAGAAACCUGGUCCAGUCAUGGCUGACCUCGCAAACCUCUCUUCAUUCGCGAUCACGGGAAAGAAGACCAUCCAUAUUUAAAUACUAGCCUCGUUCUCUACGACGCAAUAGAUCAUCGUUCGUGAUCUUCUUCGCUAUUCGCGAUCAAGAUCGAGAACGGGAGGGACGCGACGCAAUUAAACUUGCGAUAAUUAUCGGAAUCUGAUGAUUUGAAAAAAGAAAAAAGAAGAACAGCCAGGAUUUUUCGCGUUUAGAAAAUACUAAAUUAAUAUUACGAACGUUUGCAAUUUUUCUUUUAUCAACGUCGACGACGUAUUUACGAUGGACGAGGAAAGAAUCUUUUAGAGGGACGAUGGUGAAUUGUUAGAGUAAACGAUAAACGUUCGCGCGGUCCUUCCGUUAGGCUUAAAAA